GAGUCCACUCACGAAGAAGCAGUCGGAGGCUGCGGUCGUGUCGGUUUAGUGUCUGUUGAAGUUGAUAUUUAUUAUCUAUUUGUUUUCUUUCUAGAACGUCGCUAAGGUUGCGUUAAAGAGCAGUAGCCGCCCCGACGAUGCCGUCUCAUCCGCUGCGAGUGGCGGUGGUGUGCUCGAGCAAUCAGAACCGGAGCAUGGAAGCGCACGGCAUCCUCAGUAAGCGAGGAUUCAGCGUGCGUUCGUUUGGAACUGGCUCCCAUGUGAAGCUGCCCGGACCGGCCCCAGACAAGCCCAACGUCUACGACUUCAAAACCACAUACGAGCAGAUGUACAACGACCUCGUUAAGAAAGACAAGGAACUAUACACCCAGAACGGGAUCCUUCACAUGCUGGACCGGAACAAGCGCAUCAAGCCCCGGCCCGAGCGCUUCCAGAACUGCAAGGACCAGUUCGACCUGGUGGUGACCUGCGAGGAGAGGGUGUACGACCAGGUGCUGGAGGACCUGAACUCGAGGGAGCAGGAGAGCUUCCAGCCGGUGCACGUGAUAAACGUGGACAUCCAGGACAACCACGAGGAGGCCACGCUGGGAGCCUUCCUCAUCUGUGAAAUGUGCCAGUGUAUCCAGCACACGGAGGACAUGGAGAAUGAGAUGGACGAGCUUCUGCAGGAGUUUGAGGAGAAGAGCAGCCGCCCCUUCCUGCACACUGUCUGCUUCUACUGACCCCUCCCCCCCCCAAAACCAGCCUUAACCCCCUCGCCCGCCCCCUGCUACCAUCACUCCUGAUUGCAGAUCAGUGAGAGCCAUUACAGGUUUUACACCAGACCUGCUACUAGAGCCUGUUUAACCCAGGGCUGGGCAGCUCCAGCCGCUCUCGUCAGAAUCCAUUCCGAGCUCCAGUCCAGGCCAUUGUUCUAGCCAUGACGUUUUUAAUUGAGUCUCCUCCUGUGUCCUCUGGAAGCCCGUCUGUCUGUGUCAGGAAAACCAGGAACAGAGUCCAGGCUGGGGACUGGAGUUGCCUUGCUCUUUGCUGUAGAAGUAGAUUAUUAUUAUUAUUAUUAUUAUUAUUAUUAUUAUUAUUAUGGUGAAUUGGAUAGAAACGUCUGCUAGAUGACUGACACAGCUUGGAGACUCGGGUGAGCUGUGCAUCACAUCUGCUGCUGCAGAGUCGCUUCCAAUCGGACCUCGUUUGUUUUACGUCUCAUCCGAAGGACGGAGCGCAAGGAGGUGAAGUGACUGUCUCAGGGUCACACACGCACAGUGAGUCAGUGGCUGAGCGAGGAUUGGAACUGGUAACCUGGUAUCCAGCCCCUUUCUUUAACCACUGAGCCACCAAGCCUUUUUAGAGUUGAAGGUGAAGCGAGGACUGGCUUGAACUGCAAUGGGAGUCUCUGGGCAUCCCUGGUGAAGCAUGUCUGUGGGGCAGAAUAAACUUCCUCCCAGAUAAGUGUGGAGACGUGGACCCAGCCUGCAGCAUCGUGAAGCCUUGUAGCCACGUUGGGUGGCAGGAAGGUGCAGCUGUGUCUCGACUCGUUGGAAACCCUGCAGCCAACUGCUAUGCAACCGGGGGGCUUGUAAUAAUCCCCACGUCUGAUUUUGUCAUUUUAUUGUUAUUUGUCUGAUUUAAGCAGGAGAGAGCCCCGUGUUUAAAAUGUCUUGCAGUGGAGAGACUUAGACUCGCACACACACACAGUUAAAUACAGCAGAAGAGCCCCACAGCCGUUUAUAAAACAGUGCCAGUCUCGAGAGAGCUUUCUGUGCCCACGCUGUGGAAACUGGAAGAUGAUGCGUCUGUAGAGAGAUUUCUAGCGGUUAAUCAGUGAAAUAUUCAGCACAGGAAACCACAGAAUGACGUGUGCGUGCGUGCGUGCGCUCUGUCCAUCCUUCAGUUACGUAAUGAACGCCACCUUGAGGCAGAGAUGAUCCCCGGUGCAGCGAGGCAGGAGACCGUGUUGCUUUCGUUAGUUUUGUUUUCCCCCCUAUAGAUAGAUAGAUAGAUAGAUUGGUUUCAGAUAUUCCUCUUGUUAAUCGUUGAUGCUUUAGUUUCAGUUGUUUUUUUAAAGAGAGGAGGGGCGGGCCAGUUGAACGCUUCUUUAAUGAGGACGCGCUUUGAAAUGUCCUUUAUGAAUCAAACCAGGAGCUGUCCAUCAGCGUCGUUGUUUUAACAAUGCGAUUUCAAAGAGACAGUUCAAAUGUAACCUAAUCUUUGAAAGGGUGUGUAAUAAUAAUAAUGUCGAGAACGGCAAGUGAUGUAUCAUUUAUUUUGUUCCCAUCUUUAUUGUUCAAACGCCUGGCUGCAAAUGACUCUCUCCUGAGUUUAUUUUUCAAAGAAAGCUAAAUAUGGAGUGCUUUCCCGUUUCUAACAAGAAUACCAACGAUUCCGUGAGGAUGUGCGAGUGCGUGUGUGUAUAUAUAUAUAAAUAUAAAUAAUAUCUAAGAUGAGAGAUUUUGUUCUUGUGUUUGUAACCUGCGCGGACACAGCAUGUCCUUGGCAGGAGGUUACAGCAUGACGUCAGAGGGCGUCGCUGUGGAUUAUAACGUCAGGAAUAAUGAACUGUAACUCUGGGAAUGAUCCAAAAAUCAAUAAAGCUUGACAAAAACACAAAA